AUGCAGUCAAUCACUAGCAGGCAGGCUGCGGCGCUCCUAUUCGCCAUCUUUGCCCCAUGCACGUCUGCAGGCAACUCGACGGACUCGCACCUUGCAUCUCGCUAUCUUCCCGGGGACCCCGGCUGGCCCACGCAUGCCGAGUGGAAUCAACUCAAUGAGACUGUCGGGGGCCGCCUCAUCCAGGGCCGUCCACUGGCCCGAGACUGCUUUGGGAGCAGCACCCUCAAUGACCCCGUCAAUGUCAUGUCACCAUACUGGCUCAACGACUCCUGCAACCCCUUCCUCGGCCCCAACGGCACCUGCACGCUCGGCAACAUGGCGUCGUAUGCCAUCGACGUGGCCGAUGCGGGGUCUGUCAUGGCCGGGAUCCAGUUCGCACAGCAAAAGAACCUCCGACUCACGAUCAAAAACACCGGACAUGACUACCUGGGACGAUCGGCCGGGGAGGGCUCACUCGCUCUCUGGACCCAUAACCUCAAGAACAUUUCCGUCCUCAACUACACCAGCCCGCACUAUACCGGUCCUGCCCUCAAGGUUGGGGCCGGGAUCGAAGUCGCCGAGGCCUACGCCGCGGCACAACAACACGGUCUGCGCGUCGUUGGUGGAGGCUGUCCGACCGUGGGCGUCGCCGGCGGCUGGCUCCCAGGGGGUGGCCAUGGCCCGCUGACCGCGGCAUACGGGCUGGGGGCGGACGAGGCGCUGGAGUAUGAGGUGGUCACCGCAGCCGGGCAGCACCUCGUCGUGUCCCCCACGAGCAAUUAUUCCGACCUGUACUGGGCCCUCAGCGGGGGCGGACCCGGGAACUACGCAGUGGUCCUCUCCAUCACCAUCCAAGCCCACCCGGACGGCCCGGUCGCCGGGCUGUCCCUGUCGUUCGUCAACACGGACGCCACCACCUACUGGCGAGCCAUCGCGGCAUGGAUCCAACGUCUGCUCGAGAUCGACGUCCACUUCCCCAAACUCAACAGCGCCGCCACCUUCACCAGCGCGGGCUUCUCCCUCGACUUUGUCACCCUACCGGACGUCUCCUCCGAAGCCGAGCUCACCACCGCCAUCGGGCCCUUUCUGCACGAUCUCCAGCAGUUGAACAUCACCGUGUCGACCCUCGAGACGCAGCUCUCCCCCAACUACUACGCCCACUACCAGUACUUCACCACCUCCUCUACCAUCAACACUACCAACGAGACCGUCGGCAACCGGCUCAUCCCGCGGAGCGUGGCGCGCCACCAUCUCCCCGCACUGAUCGACACCCUGCAGGGCAUCUCGAACAACAACUCCGCCGCCGUCUUCGUCAUCGAGAACAACAACGUCACGCACCAGAACGUCGGCAACCAGCCCGGCGCCAACGCCGUGCUCCCGGCGUGGCGCGACUCGCUCUUCUCCCUGAACUUUGGGGUCGAGAUCGCGCCCGACGCGUCCUGGGAGGUCAUCUGGGCGCAUCAGACCGAGGUCAACGACUGGCUGGAUGCGCUGCGCGCCGUGACGCCGGGCGGGGGGAGUUAUCAGAACGAGGCGACAUUUAAUGAUGCCGAGUGGAAGCAGGAUUACUUUGGGGUGAACUAUGAUCGGCUGGCGGCGAUCAAGGCCAAGUAUGAUCCGGAGUAUGUGUUUUUUGCCAAUGCGGCGGUGGGGAGUGAUGUGCGGUGGAGGCUGGCGAAGGAUGGCAGUGGUCGAUUGUACCGUCGGUAGUCCGUCGGGAUCUGUGCAUGUCCUCAUAAAUUGGUUGGGUUCUCGGGAACGAAUGUAUCGAUCGAGAUGAUAUUUAGCCAGUCCUUAUCAUGGCCAUUCACGUGGUCACCCAUCACGCCGGCUGCGCCACUGGACCAGGAUUUCUCGCAUUUUGACGCG